AUGGCGGUUCGGGCAGCUCGCUGCUACCGGACUGUCUCAUUCGAGGCGGCGUGCCUGUUGGCGGGGACCCCGCCCUGGGAGUUGGAGGCGGUGGCCCUAGGCGCUCUGUAUCGUCUCAAGGGUGAGACGAGGGCAGAUGGCCGAUGGGCCGAACUGGUCGGACCGGCGAGGAGGCAAGCCAGGGAGGACACCUUUGAUAGGUGGGCCUAUGAUCUGGCUAUGCCUAGGGCGGGAGUACGAACAGUGGAGGCGAUUCGCCCAUUCUUACGGGAAUGGGUAAAUCGUCCGAGUGGAGCUGUGUCCUUUCGGAUGGCGCAGAUGCUGUCCGGGCAUGGGUGCUUUGGACGGUUUCUGCACAAGGUGGCGGGACGGGAAACCUAUCCCAUCUGCCACCAUUGUGGCGCCCCAGAGGACACGGCGGAGCACACCCUGGCUGAAUGUGCCACUUGGUCGAGGCAACGCCACGACCUAGUGUCGGUCAUCGGGAUGGACCUCUCGCUACCGAGCGUUGUUGCAGCAAUGCUUGGUAGCCAGGAGGCAUGGCGUGCGGUAGCUUUCUUCUGUGAGCGCGUUUUGCUGCAGAAGGAGGCUGCUGAGCGUCAGCGGGAGGUGCGUGGCGAUGGCCGAAGGGGUUGUGCUCGGCGGCGGCGAGGCGUGGGCGCGGGGGCUAUGCCCAACAGCGUCCCACUGCGCCGUCGUUGA